UUAUUGUUUUCAUUUGAUUCAAAUGAUUAGUUAAUUUGGUUUGAAUGAUUUUCUUUUAACAAUUAAGUUAAUUGUUUUUUCUGUAACAAUGUUUAUCGUUAACAGUGUUCGAUCAAAUCUUGUUCAACGUUUACCUUUUCCUGGAGGUUUAAAUAAGUAUCUUGUCUGUUUUUCCUCAACAUAUAAUUUAUCAUCUUUAACUCCAAUCAAAGUUGACCCUGUGGACAAUUUAGUUAAUUUACCUGUACAUGAUGCUUUAAAUCGAUCGUUAAAUGAUAAUAUAACAAUUAAGGGUUGGAUUAGAUCACAUCGGCGCCUUAAAGAAAAUCAUUUCAUGUCCAUUGGUGAUGGAUUAUCGCCCAAGGUGAUACAAAUUGUUGUACCUACAAUACUAUUAGAAAGAGAAGGAAUCAAACCACAAUAUGGUUCCUCCAUCAUGGCUCAUGGUAAAUUGGUUGAAAGUAAAGGUCCAGAACAACCGGUUGAACUGUAUUGUCAAAAUUUCCAAGUUAUUGGUCAAUGUAAUGUCUUAGAUUAUCCCUUUAAUCCGGCUACUUCAAAAAAGGAUAAUUGGAAUGGGAUGAGAGACCAUAUUCACCUGAGAUCGAGAGCAUCUAGAUUUGCAUCAAUGAUGCGAUUAAGAAGUGAUUUAAAUUACGAGAUUCACUCUCUCAUGAAAGAGAUUGGAUUUUUCAAUGUAACCACACCGAUUAUAACCAAAAAUGAAUGUGAAGGAGGAUCAAAACCAUUCGUUAUCAGACCUCUUGAUCAUCCCGAUGAUGUAAGUUUCUUCAAAGGAAAAGCCAAAUUAACAGUAUCUGGUCAACUUCAUCUCGAAACUACUGCUUGUGCUCUAUCUCGUGUCUACACAAUGGGACCAGUAUUUCGAGCUGAAGUAAACAAAUCUCGUCGCCAUCUAAGUGAAUUCACCAUGUUUGAGGUAGAAGAAGCUUUCAUGGAUAAUCUGGACACUCUCAUGGACAGAGCUGAGUUCAUCAUGAAGACAAUUUCAUCUAAACUUAUCGAAGAAAAUGAAAAUUUGACCGAUGUUUGGAAAUCAACUAAAUACGAUAUCGCUCAUCGAUUAACAGGACGUUACUUAAGAUUAACUUACGAUGAAGCUAUUGAACUAAUCAAUAAAAUUCAGAAUCAUCAACCGGCUGAAUAUGGAAAAGAUUUGUCAGCUUAUCAUGAAAUGGUUUUACUUGAGUACUUUGAACAUCAACCUUUGUUCAUUACUCAUUUUCCAAUUGAAUUAAGGCCUUUCUACAUGAAAUCAGAAGGAGAUAAGGCUUUAUGUUUUGAUUUAUUGGCCGCUGUUGGAGGUGAAGUUUGUGGCGGCAGUUUAAGGGAAGAUAAUAUUGACCUGUUAGAAGCUCGAAUGGAUCAAAUCGAAGGAGUUAAAGAAGAAUUAGAUUGGUAUUUGGAUAUUCGUCGAUUUGGAAAUGUCCCUUUAGGUGGAUUCGGUUUCGGAUUCGAUAGACUUAUGCAAUCGAUAACGGGGCUGGCCAAUAUAAAGGACGUUGUCCCUUUCCCAAGAUUCUUGUACCAUUGUCCAUUAUAAGCCAAUAUUUCAAAGUGUUCACAUAAUUUAAUUAAAUUAGAUUAUUAUUUCUAA